GUCUAGCAGCAUCUAGAAUAAGAUUCAACAUGCGUUUAUUGGUCAUCAGCCUGCUGGCCUUGGGCACAGUAAAGGCUAUGCCCAAAUAUGAGUACUUGGCCUAUGCUCCAGCUCGUGGACAGUUUCCGGUGGAGAACGGUCUUGCCCAGGGUUAUGUACGCUAUUUGGACAGCACUGGAGCGGAACGUCUGUUGGCCUACAAUUAUCCGGAACCCUUGUAUGGCAUUCGUCGUCUGAGCUAUGGCACUGAAGAUCUGGUAAAUCCUUUCCUGCGCACCGCUAUUAUCCAGUCAUCCGUUCCGAGUCAGGAGAAACAGGAUGUUGCUCUGUUCCGUGCAUGGUGUGAGCAGCGUUAUAAUGCUAUGCGUCUGGAACUGGAUCGUUUACGCUCCGAGGGUAAGAAGCCAUCGGCAAAUAUGUUGGCCCAGUUUGAACCACUGGAACAGAUCGUGAAAAUGGGCGCCUUUGAGGCAGUUCCUGGAUUGAGUCCUGAAAUUCAGCGUGCUCGUGAUGAACAUUUGCGCAUUUGGAAUGAGGCUAGACUGAAGGUUCUGCAAGCCGAACAGGCUCAAUUGCGUCUGGUGGACAAGCCCGAGUACAAGAAACUGCAACAACAAGAGCCACUAAAACCGACGAUUCUCUAUGGCCAGCAGGAGAAAUAUCAAGUGAAGACAAGCCUACCAUUCCAGCAAGUUUUUGAGCCCACUCCAUCAAAGAUAAAGGUUCUAAGCACGAUAAGUACAGAACUCAAACCUGUUGAGGAGACAGCUGAGGUGAAAAGGGCACGAGAGGAGCAUCUGAAGCGAUACAAUGAGGCCUUGCUACGUCAACCAGCUCAGCCAGUGCAGCCAGAGAUUCCCAUUUUGAAGACCAUUCCAGGCAUUCAGCAACCACUGGUUCAACCUCAGCCUCAGUUGCAGGUCAAGACCAUUAUUCCAUACACGCAGCCCCUAUCACAGCCACAGCCACUGGCACAGCCACAGCCUGUUGAGGAAACACCUGAGGUGAAACGGGCACGGGAAGAGCAUCUAAAGCAAUACAAUGAGGCCAUUCUACGUAAGCCAAUCGAGCAGCAGCAGCAGCCAUUCAUUCCCAUUGCCGCACCGUUCGCUCCAUUGCCCACCACAAAGAGCAUCAUUAGUCCCCAACCCGUUCAGGAUACUCCCGAAGUUAUCCGUGCCCGAGAAGAGCAUCUGCUCCUGCUCAAUCAGGCCAAACUUAAGGCUGAGGACAAGGCUGCCGAUAUCUCUGACAUGAUUCGCUACGAAGAACGUGAUCGUGAGAAUGAACGUCUGCGUGAACUCGAGUUGCGUCGUCAUGAGGAGAAGGAAGCCGAACUCGAGCGUCAACGUGAAGCGGAACGAUUGAGGGAGGAAACCCGAUUGCUGGAGCAGGAAGGCAUUCGCUUGGAACUCGAGGAGAAACAACGUCUCGAAAGCGAGCGAUUGGCUGAGAGCAAACGUCUGAUCAAAGAGCAAGAAGAGCAGCUCAAGCUGAAGUCCCUGUACGAGGAUGGCAGCAGCUUAAAGAUUAUCAACUCCCAAUUGCCUCUGACAGCUCCGCAAACCACUCAAACUCAGGCCUUCACUCAGCAGCAACAGGUACAAAAUGGUUUCUUCCUGCGCAUCCAAUCGAAUGCUGAGCCACAACCUCAGCCUCAGGCGAUUAUCAAAGAGCAGAAUCCCUUCCUGGUGGGUUAUGUGCAGCAGCCAUUGAAAACCGAAGUCACCUCUGCCUAUACAGCGGCGCCGCUUGCCAGUUCAUCCAGCGAACUGGAAAAGGCCACUCGUGAGCAUUUCCGUGCCCAUGAGAUUGCCCUGGAACAGCUACGUUUGGCCAAUCUAAAGAAUCCUUACAAUCCCGAGUGUCAGCAUUAAGUUCAUAUAACCAUACACACACCCACACCCACCCACACACAUACACACACUCACAAAAGCAUACAUAUAAGGACACAUUCACAUACGUCAAUGGGCAAA